CACAACACACACACCAGUCCAUCACAAACUCACAAUCCCCCCACACACACCGACACAAGAAUCAACGAACCAACCGACAAUGGGUUCAUCGAGGAGGAUGCUGGUGGCGGCGGUGGUGGCGGCCCUGGUGGCCGUGGCUUGGUGCGCGGUGCCGCCGGUGUCUUUCAAGGUGGAGAAGGGGUCGGAAGAGAAGAAGCUGGCGCUGCAGAUCAAGUACGACAAGGAGGGCGACAGCAUGAAGGAGGUGGAGGUGAAACAGGGUGAGGAGUGGCUGCCCCUGAACAAGUGCGCCAACGGCGUGUGGGAGAUCAAGGUUGACGAACCUCUCAAGGGCCCCUACAGCAUCCGCUACGAGACCGAGAAGGGUCAGCGCAAUGUCUUCGACGACGUCGUCCCUGCCGAAUACAAGAUCGGCACCACUUACAAGCCAGCGGAGCCGUGAGGUUCAUCUAUGCAUGGGUUUCAUCAUUAUCAACCUUGCAAGCAGUAAGAUCGUGGGUGUCAUAAGUAAAUAUUAGUAGCAGGAGAAGCAACGGCCGGUGGUCGGAUGUAUUUGCUCUCCCGUGCACCAGUUGUUUCAAUUGGCCACUUCUUUUCUUCUAUGUACCCAAUCUGUUGAAGAUUAUUUGGAA